AUGCAUCAAAGAACCCACACAGGGGAGAAACUGUUGGAAUGCUCAGAAUGUGGAAAGAGAUUCAGUUCCAUUGGAAAUCUUCAAAUGCAUCAAAGAACCCACACAGGGGAGAAACCUUUGGAAUGCUCAGAAUGUGGAAAGAGAUUCAGUUCCAGUGGAAAUUUUAAACAGCAUCGAAGAACUCACACAGGAGAGAAACCGUUUCAAUGCUCAGAGUGUGGAAAGAGAUUCAGUCUGAGUGGCAGUCUUCAACAGCAUAAAAGAACUCACACAGGAGAGAAACCGUUUCAAUGCUCAGCGUGUGGAAAGAGAUUCAGUUGCAGAGGCAGUCUUCAAAGGCAUCGAAGAACUCACACAGGAGAGAAACCGUUUGAAUGCUCAGAGUGUGGAAAGAGAUUCAGUUGCAGAGGCAGUCUUCAACAGCAUCAAAGAACUCACACAGGAGAGAAACCGUUUGAAUGCUCAGAGUGUGGAAAGAGAUUCAGUCUGAGUGGCAGUCUUCAAGAGCAUCAAAGAACUCACACAGGAGAGAAACCAUUUCAAUGCUCAGUGUGUGGAAAGAGAUUCAGUCGGAGUGGCAGUCUUCGAAGGCAUCGAAGAACUCACACCAAGGAGAGACCUUUUGAAUGCUCAGAGUGUGGGAAGAGAUUCAGUCUGAGUAGCAAUCUUCAAAGGCAUCAAAGAACUCACACUAAGGAGAGACCUUUUGAAUGCUCAGAGUGUGGGAAGAGAUUCAGUUGCAGAGGCAGUCUUCAACAGCAUCAAAGAACUCACACCAAGGAGAGACCUUUUGAAUGCUCAGAGUGUGGGAAGAGAUUCAGUUGCAGAGGCAGUCUUCAACAGCAUCAAAGAACGCACACAGGAGAGAAACCAUUUGAAUGCUCAGAGUGUGGAAAGAGAUUCAGUCAACGUGGCCAUCUUGAAGUGCAUCUAAGAACCCACACAGGGGAGAAACCUUUUGAAUGCUCAGAGUGUGGAAAGAGAUUCGGUUGCAGAGGCAGUCUUCAACAGCAUCAAAGAACUCACACCAAGGAGAGACCUUUUGAAUGCUCAGAGUGUGGAAAGAGAUUCAGUCAGAAUAGCCAUCUUCAAGAGCAUCAAAGAACUCAUACAGGAGAGAAACCGUUUGAAUGCUCAGAGUGUGGAAAGAGAUUCAGUUGCAGAGGCGGUCUUCAACAGCAUCAAAGAACUCACACAGGAGAGAAACCAUUUGAAUGCUCAGAGUGUGGAAUGAGAUUCAGUAACAGUGGCCAUCUUCAAGAGCAUCAAAGAACUCAUACAGGAGAGAAACCGUUUGAAUGCUCAGAGUGUGGAAAGAGAUUCAGUGUGAGUGGCAGUCUUCAAAAACAUCGAAGAACUCACACAGGAGAGAAACCGUUUGAAUGCUCAGAGUGUGGAAAGAGAUUCAGUGAGAGUAGCCAUCUUACAGUGCAUCAAAGAACUCAUACAGGAGAGAAACCAUUUGAAUGCUCAGAGUGUGGAAAGAGAUUCUGUUCCAGUGGAAAUCUUCAACAGCAUCAAAGAACUCACACCAAGGAGAGACCUUUUGAAUGCUCAGAGUGUGGGAAGAGAUUCAGUCUGAGUAGCAAUCUUCAGAGGCAUCGAAGAACUCACACCAAGGAAAGACCUUUUGAAUGCUCAGAGUGUGGAAAGAGAUUCAGUUGCAGAGGCCAUCUUCAACGACAUCAAAGAACUCACAGUGGAGAUUAA